AUGGAGGUGGACGCGACGGGUAGAGCCACCAAAACCUUGAGACCGGGGGAGAAGUGCCCUACUGCCCCCGUGGUCAAGCUCGUCUUCAGUCGAAGCGACCCCCUCGGCCGCAACCCGACCGUGUGCUUCGACUACCCGCCCUCCCUCGGGGUAGUACGGGACUACUCGGGUCUCAUCGUCACCACCGUGGACGCGCAGGAGCUUUCGCUGUUCUACCGAACCUCUUGGGAGCGCAACUGCGUCAAGAACGCCUUCGCAGCCGCGGGGUUCUUCCGCACGCGCAAAAAGUGCGCGUGGCACUUGGCGUGGGCCAAACCCGUGCCCAAGACGCAGUUCGAGCGCUUCCGAGGGGACCACGCGCAGGCCUUCAACCACUUCCCCGACCCGUGGGUCAUCGGCCGCAAGGACCGACUCAUGAAGACGCUCGCCAACUGUCGUCGGCGCUUCGGAGCGAGCUACGACUUCUUCCCCGAGGGCUUCUCCCUGCCCGACCAACUCGACGCGUUCCGUCGCGCGCUGGAGCGUAACGAAACCUUCAUCGCAGGAACUUUCCCCAGUUCGGUGAGCUCCUAUAGAGACGACGCUGGGCGACGGAAGUCGGCUACGCUCGGCCCUCUCUGGAUCAUGAAGCCGCCAGCGUCCGCCUGUGGCCGCGGCAUCCGCGUACUCACCCACCGAGACGCCUGUAAGCUGUGUGAAGACGCUCGGAAAAAGUACGUGACUGAUCCACUGUUGCUCGGCCCCAACGGAGGAGAAAGCUACAAGUUCGACCUGCGGCUGUACGUUGUCGUCACCAGCUUGGACCCGCUCCGCAUUUACCUGUUCAAGGAGGGCAUCACGCGCUUCUGCACGGCGGCGUACUCGCUCAAGAACCCCAAGAACCGCUUCGCCCACUUGACCAACUACUCGAUCAACAAGAGCAGCGAUGGGUUCGUGGAGAACGCGGACGCGCAGCGAGCAGACGCAGGCAGCAAGUGGAGUCUCUCGGCGCUCAUACGCCGACUGCAGGAGCAGCAGCUGCUGGACGACCCCGAGACGCUCAUGCGCCAAAUCCGAGCCAUCAUCUGCAAGACCAUCAUCGCUGCCGAGGCGCAUCUCACGCCACUGCUCCACCAAUUCGCCGGGCAAUGCUCUUGUUACGAACUCUUCGGUUUCGACCUGAUGCUCGACUCCAAGUUGCGGCCGUGGCUCAUUGAAGUGAACGUGUCUCCGUCACUUAUGGGCGGGUCGCCACUUGACCGGCGCAUCAAAGGCUUGCUACUGAGCGAUACCUUCCACUUGGUAGGGCUGCAAGUGCCGAUGACUAGCUUCCGACGCAGUAAAACGAUGCGAGUCACGACGGUAAAUCGCCAGCUACAUGAAGUCGUGCUGGACCCAGCGGUUGAGCGCUUUGAGACUGCACACUUGGAUCUAUUCACUGCGAGUGACUGGGACAUUGUGCGCUCCAUGGACGACGAAAUGGAUCGGCGCGGCCACUUUGAGCGGAUCUUCCCCGCUUCGUCCGCGUCUGCUCAAGCAGCAGUGGAGGAGACCGCAGACUACUCGCGGUUCUUCACCUGCCAGCGAUAUGCCAACUCACUCUGCGCAAAAUGGCUGCAGACUCCACGGUCCAUUCGGCAGCGGCUAGUACGACAACACUCAGCGAGCAGCAACCCUCGUCCAGCGCCACCAGUUGCUAGUCGUUCUCGUAAGAGCAUCCCGGCGAGUUCCGUGCGAUAA